CGAUAAGAGAGACGCGUUUCGAAGAAACUGAAGAGAUAAUUGCAUUAUGAUUACGCCCAAGACAAUUAUCUAAAUGAGUGUGAUGGUGAUAAUCAUCACUGUUUAGCAAUCAUCUUGAUGAUGAUUCCAACUGAAUAGUAGUCAUCUGAAGGUUUUCAUAGUUUCUAGAUGUUUAGGGCAGGCGCGUUCCGUGGUGUCACAAUUAAAAUAGAGUGAAAAACAUCGGCGGCAAAAUGGCCACAAACGUUAUAUUGGAAUGGAGAAAUCUCAAUUUAAUCAUUGAAAAGCGGGAGUUUAAUUUCUGGAAAUGUCGCACCAACAAAGAAGAAAAACGCAUCUUAGAUAACGUGAAUGGAAGUUUAAAAAGUGGCCAACUUGUGGCGAUACUUGGCCAAAGUGGUGCCGGAAAAACGACACUGCUGGCGGGUAUUUCGCAGCGAUUCCGUGGUCCAUUGACUGGUCAAAUUUUGGUGAAUGGAAAUGAAAUUGAUCGAAAAACAAUGACAAAAAUCUCUUGCUUCGUUCCACAAUUUGAUAUCACAAUUGACACGCUAACGCCCAACGAACAUCUAUAUUUCAUGGCUGAAUUGAAAUUGGAUCGAAAAUGGACACGAUCUCGCAAAAAUCAAAGAAUUGAUUUUCUGCUGCGCGAACUGGGUCUGCAACAUGUUGCCAACAAUCGCAUUUCAACAUUAUCGGGUGGAGAACGAAAAAAACUAAACUUGGCUGCCGAUUUGCUGACUAAUCCACCAAUAAUUUUCUGUGAUGAGCCUACCACGGGACUAGAUAGCUUUAAUGCGAGAAAGGUUAUCGAGGCGCUGAAGUAUUUAUCAAAUAUAAACAGUGAUACAGCAACCGCAUCGACAACAGUUGAAAGUGAUGAACUUGAUAAUGGAUAUGGAAUGGAAUUAACAACAACAAAAAAUCAAAUGCCAGCCAAAGCAAUUAUUUGUUCAAUACAUCAACCGACGUCGCAGAUUUUCGAAUGCUUUUCCCACAUUAUUCUUAUGUAUGCUGGACGAUGUGUUUUUGGCGGCACCACGGACGAGGCAUUCACUCAUUUCUCCAAAUUGGGAUUUGAUUGUCCAGCUGCAUAUAAUCCAGCUGAUUUUUAUUUAAAAGUUUUGUCAAAUACAACGCAACAGGAGGAGGGUCAAUAUCGCAAUUUUUUUGAAAAUCCAAUCGAAAUCCUACGCAGAUCAAGCCACUACAAACGACCAAAUGUUGCCGAUGUUGAGCGUUUCAAUGUGAACGACUAUAAAAUACGGAGUCCAUUUUGGAUCGAACAAGUGUGGCUACUGAUGAAACGGUCUCUUUUAAACAUCCGACGGAGCUAUCGUGAAAUUUUCAUAGACAUCGCUUGGUACUUGAUUCCAUUUUUUGUGAUGGCAGCCAUUUAUCAUGAGACCACCGGCCGUACACAAGAGUCAAUUCAAGAUGUCGACGGAGCUCUAUUCAUAAUGGCUUGUGAAGUAAUCUUCACAACAUGCUAUUCCAUCAUCAAUUUGUACCCGUCUCUAAUGCCAAUCUUGCGCAGGGAAACCAAUGAGCACAUCUACAGUUUCUCUGCAUAUUAUGUGGCCGAAGUGUUUAACGUGAUUCCGGUGUCCAUUUUAAGAUCAUUCGCGGGGAUUGCAAUAACAUAUUAUUGGGCUGGUUUCAUGAGCUUUUGGUUAUUCCUAAAAAUUGGCAUCACACUUUUAAUAGCUUCAUUUGCAUCCAACGCAUACGGUCUAUUCAUAUCUAGUCUAUUCAAAAUAGUUAUCAUGGAAAUUGCGUCUGUGUGUGAUUUGAUAUUUCUAUGUUUGUCCGGUAUUUAUAUGAAUCUAUAUUCAUUGCCGUAUGCUCGUUAUUUUUCGCCUUUCUUCUACACAAACGAAGCAUUGUUGAUAUCGUUUUGGAGCAAUGUUACACAAAUUGAAUGUCCCCAAAAAUACGAUGGAAAUUGCCUGAAAAAUGGCACCGAAGUACUGCAGAGCUUGUCGUAUAAUACGAAUGCAAGCGAUGUAUGGGUCGAUUACGUAGGACUGUUCGUACUGGGUUUAAUUAUGCAUUUGUUUGCCUACAUCGGUAUCAGGAGAAAUAUCACAAGCGUCGGCUACUACUAAAUUAAUCGAUGACAAAUAUAAGUUUGAUCAUGUAAAUACAUACAACCGAAGAAUAAAGUUAUCGAAAACUCAAUGGUGGAAAA